AUGGACAACUUAAGCAGUUCAUCCAAAUCUCCAAAGGCUCAAUCCAACAACCUUCAUCAUCGGACAAAGGAAAAACUCCACAGGGAAGUGGACCGGUGUAAGGUGUCGUCCCAGUCAUACAUGGAGGAACUGGACUACGACGGGAAUGUUCCACCUCCCGUAAGUCCUACGCCCGAGCUUUGGUUAGAUCCACCUCAAUUAUCUCUGAUCAGGAUCCCAUAUUUUUUGAUUCUCGGGACCUCGAGGUAUCGAAUAGCCCAUGAUGACCCUCUAGUAAUUGAGGCUACAAUCGCCAAUUACACCGUGAAACGAGUUCUCGUUGAUGGAGCGAGCUCAGCCGAAUUACUUUUUUACCCUUCUUUUUGCUCGUUGGGUCUUCGCUUGGAUCAUUGUCAACCUUACAACAUCUGUCUUUUGGGUUUCUCUAGCAACCAAGUCCCAGUACUUGGAAUUCUACCUCUUCACGUACGCAUCGGCAAUGGCGACCAAACAACCGAGACGCUGGUUAACUUUCAUGUGGUUAACUGUUCCUCUGCAUACAAUGGAAUUCUUGGAAGACCGUUUCUACACAAAGCUCGGGCCGUCCCUUCUACAUUUCAUCUCAAAUUGAAGUUCCCUACUCUGUCUGGAGUAGGCUGUGUCCGAAGGGAUCAAUCUAAGCAAUUUUGUGCAUUCUCCCUCAACGAUAGACAUGUCAUUACCGUCGACACUUGA